AUGCAAAGGACUACUUUCACCACUCACCGGUGAGUUCCAGAUAGAAAACUAAAGGAGCAGCCGGGCGUUGCUUCAAUGGUGCAGCCGCGCGGAAGCCGUGUGAGUGCAGUUUUCCCUCUGAGGCUGCUGGUGGACGAGAAGAAGAAGAAAGUUGUCUUUGCAGAAGCAGGGAAAGACCUGGUCGACUUCUUCUUCAGCCUUAUGCUGCUGCCCUUGGGGGCCGCGGUCUCGUUGUUGGGAAGGGAAUCAACCCCUGGAUCUGUAGGGAAGCUGCAUGAGAGCAUAAGCAAUUUGGAUAGUUCUUACUUCUCGAAAAGCCCCUCUGCUUCACCUUCUGAAGUAAAGGACGAGCUCAAAAGCCCUACGUUACCUUGUCCCAGGCUCAGACUGGGGGACCUUCAUCUGCCAUAUCCGAGGAGCAGUGUACGUCUUCUCGAGGUACGCAUGUGCGACAACUGCUACGGCUUUGCGUCUGAAGUUUAUGAUGCAAAAUGUCCUUCGUGUCGCCGGGAGAUGACGCGAACACUCAAGCUUGUGCAACCGAGUGCUGUUGAGGAGAAAGGGUUUGUGAAGGAACUGGUAGCGUACGCCAUAACCGACGAUCUCUCCAUUGCCCCCCUUUCCACCUUCUCCACUCUUGCUCUCAUGAAGAGGCUCAAAGUGACCGACCUUGCUCCUUUGCAGGAGAGAACGGUCAUGGUCGGAGUAGAGCAGGGAAUAAAGAUACUGGGCAUAUCUCUGCGAUCAAAGACUGUGCUGUCAGACGUAUUUCUGUCAGAGGAUUAAGGCCAUAUAAGCUCGGUCUACGUUCUCUGAUUUGCUUCCGUGACCUCAUAUCCUCCGUGUUCCGCAGGAGAAGGGCCACUAUUGUGCUUCGUUAUGUUUGCUUUUAUAUUUAGCGUUCCUUAUGUUCUUGCUGUGCUAAAAUUAUAACAGCAAAACUGUUUCCUAUUUACAAUAUUAUUAACAUGUUUCA